GAGGACGAAAUCACAUUCCAGGACAUUAACAACAGAUGCUACGACUAUAAGCUUGCUUAUCAGAAGAUCUUGUUCUGCGAUACCUGCUGUAUUGACAAAUCUAGUUCUGCCGAGCUUACAGAAGCGAUUAAUUCGAUGUUUCGAUGGUACCAAAACGCUCAGAAAUGCUAUGCAUACCUUUCCGAUAAGAUUACCCUAGAGCAGCUGAUACACGAGAUUACGCAUAUUCCUAUCCGUGCUUUGCAGCCAGGUCUUCUUCAGGAAUUCGAUAUCGAAAGUCGCAUGUCUUGGGCGAACAAUCGAGUUACGUCUAGAGGUGAAGAUAAGGCGUAUUGUCUGUUUGGUAUUUUAGGUCGCCUGAGCGAAGAUGCACAACUUCAAGAAAGCAUCAACCAAUGCCUAGCUGAUCUCAGAGUUUCGAAUCCCCAAGACGACAAGUCACGCAUUCGGUCAACGAAAGGCGGAUUACUAAAAGACUCGUUCCGAUGGAUACUCGAGAACACGGACUUCAAGCAAUGGCGUAGCGACAAAAACAGCAAGACUAUGCUACUCUGCGGCAUCACGGACGAAUUGGAGGGUCUAUCAAUAAAUCAGCCCAUGGUGUCAUACUUUUUCUGCCAAGCCACUGACAGAAACCUCAAUAACGCCACAGCUGUGCUCCGCGGUCUUAUAUACAUGCUUGUCAGGCAAAAUCGUUCCUUGGCGAGACACCUACACGAAGAAUGGAAAGUGACUGGAUCAAGACUGUUUGAGGAUGCCAACGCAUGGAAUGCAUUGACGCGGAUCUUGACUUUGUUGCUACAAGAUCGCCAGUCGCGCGAAGUGGUAUUCGUCAUUGAUGCGCUUGACGAAUGCUCCGAUGAUCUGCCCAAACUCAUCAACUUCAUCGCACAGCAGUCCCAAAUGGGGAAUGCGAAGUGGUUGGUUUCGAGUCGUAACUGGCCCCAGAUCGAAGACAUGCUUAGUGCGGCCAGUGAAAAAGUGCGGCUCAGCCUGGAACUCAAUCAGGAUUCCGUCACUGCUACUGUUGAGGUUUAUAUCCGCCAUAAAGCUGAGGAGCUACGAGUAGCCAAAAACCUGGACGAUGAAAAGUAUAGCCAGGUUGUCGACUAUAUGAACACCAAUGCAGACAAUACAUUUCUCUGGGUAGCUUUGGUUGUCCAACGACUCAAGGAUGCUAAAGUGCGAGCCAGAAACAUUCUCCGCGAACUGUACCAGUUUCCGCCUGGCCUAGAUCCUUUCUAUCAACGAAUGUUGGGCUCAAUCCACGAUUCGCUUGAUGCUAAGCUCUGUCGUGAGAUUCUGAGCGUAGUGUCAAUCACUUAUCGGCCGGUAAGCCUCGCAGAGUUGUCUUCAUUAGUCGACCCCAAAUCUUUCGAUAACCUAUCAGACUUGGAAGAGGUUGUACAACUCUGUGGGUCCUUUCUUACCAUUCGCGACGGUAUUGUCUAUUUCGUUCAUCAAUCGGCGAAGGACUUUCUGACCACAGAAGCAACGAAUGUUGUGUUUCCAUCUGGAGGCAUUCCCUCGAAACACAGAGCUUUAGCAGAGUUGUCACUCAAGGUUUUAUCCCAACAUCUCAAACGGGAUCCAUACGAUUUACAAGACCCCGGUACAUUUGUCCAGGACAUCGAUCCACCAGCAUUAGACACGCUCGCUCCAUUACGAUAUAGUUUUGUGUCCUGGGUUGACCAUUUCAUCGAUGGAGAGUCUCACGAUGGCCAGCAAGAUUGCACAAAAACAGUGUCGGUAACUAAGGAACUUCUGCAUCAGAAGUAUCUUUACUGGCUAGAAGCCUUAAGUUUAUUAGGUGCGACAGCGCUCGGGAUUGCCUCGGUCACGAAGCUUCACAAUUAUGCAAAGGUACAUAUCUUUAUCCUUGUUUUGCCUAGAUCUAACAUAUGCAGUGUCAUCACGAGAUAA